GUAGUCUUUCAAGAAUUUGAAAACUAGUGUUGUGAUACCCACGCCAAAAAAGAACACGCCGAUUAUUUCAAUCCACGAUUUUUGGUUCCUCCUUCCACACGUAAAAAUUUGAACCGCACAGUUUACAGGCUGCAAACAAAGAAACACAAAAACUACAACUUUAUUUUUUCGCUAACCCGAGUAUUUUUUCUGGUGUUGACAUUAUAAAAGCUUUGCAAUUUCUUCCAGAGUUGUUCCCGACUUACUCGAUCAUUAGAGAUUCUAUUCUGUUGCUGCUUUAUUUCUAUCAUGUCAAGUGUCUCAUGGCCGGUGUUAUCCUCGAAAGACUCCAAUGUGUCUUCCCCAUCGCCAACCAAGUCCAGCAAGUCGAGAUCCAGUUCCGUUUCUCCCUUCAAAGCUUCGCCCACUAAGAGAUCGAAGUUGUCUCCCACCAGAUUUAUACCCACCACUGAAGCUUCAUCGUCUUUGCAGGGCAAAGGCUUGGGCUUCACCAUUUAUGAAGACAAAAUCCACAAAACAACCAGUAAUUUCAACGACUUGGAAAUUGACGGUAAAGAAAACAUUAAUGCUCUCAUUAAGGAAUCCAACACUAACGAGCAAGAGAACAUCUUACAACCAAAGUUUAAGAUAUUGAAACAACACUCCAUGCAUCAGCCAAGAAAGCCUUUGGCAAACUUAAGCAUCGCCGACUUCAAAGGCUACAUUAUACAAAAUGAUUGUGUCGAGACUUUGAAUGAGCCACUUAUCCCAAGCACCUUCAAAAAUGAUUCUAACUCGGCCCACAAGUUCCACUUCGGCUUACCAUCUUUUAUUUCUCCCAUGAAAUCAAACACCAAAUUCUUGUUCAGAUCGGAUUUGAACCUGAUUCCAGACGGAUUGGAGAAUGAAUUCAAUGCGGAUGAUGAGUUGGAGCUUAUAUUACUCCUGAAGCUGGUGGCUAUUCAGUCAAGCAAACUGCAUAGAAGAUCUUUGAGCUUAGGUAAAAACGACUUAAAGCGGAACUUGAUCAAAAAGAAUGGUUUUACCAUAUUAUCCAACUGACGUCCUUACGUUGCAUUUUUUCGUAUAGAAAGAUAUUCUAUAACCUUUUUUAGACAUAAUGUAUUUAACGAGCAAGAAAAAACUUCCUUGAUUCUAUCGUGUUUCCACUU